AUUCCUGUUAGAGAAAGAAACAUCAAUAACUCAAUAACAGUACUGAUAUAUUUAUUUUUGACUUGGUUUUAUCAUCCAAGCUCAUACAUUUCUUUUUCUAGGAUGAAAUCAUUAUUUAAAAAAAAAUAUAAUGCAUAACUAACACUGUAAUGUGCAGCACUGAAACACUAUAAUUCCCAUUCAAUAUAAAAUGGCAAACAGAAGUGAUAUCUUUAUUCGUUGUUGGUGUUCAACUUACUACAACUAUUCUUCUGGAAAGUGGAUUACUGGAUUACUAAAAAUUUCCCACGAAGCACUGCUAUUUCAGUCUAAUGACCUGAAAAUAGUAGGCUCUGAGCCUAACCCCCUUGUACUGUUUAUACAUUUAUCCCAGAUAAAAGGUAUUUGCAAAGCAGUUUCUUCAUUCAUUUAUCCAGCAAUAAAAAUUACCACAGAAAACAAGCAAGAACACUGGUUUUCAUCUUUUGAGGAUAGAAACUCAACCUUUCUAAUUUUGCAACACUGUGUUCAAUCAAAGUUAUUCGACAAGACUGAUGAUUCACAAACAAUUGUCACUACACAUUCAUCAGAUGUAUCUUCGGCUUCUUUAAAAACAAAUAUUGGCACUAAAAUUUUACACAGUGUUCAUGAUUCACACGCUACUUUACAAAAAGCUGCUAAUAAGCUGGUUGAACAAGGAGAGCAAAUUAGGAAUUCUGCCUUCACAGUCCAGCUCAUUCAUGAAGAUUUAACUGUUGCUGAGAGGAUUACAAAAGGUCUAAACUCUUGGUUUGGUCGGUGGCGUCUGCCACCUGUUACUAAAGCUGAAGAGUUGAUUGUGGUAACUGACAAUGAUAUUCCUGAGGUAUGGGACAUUGAUGCUCUGUGUACUCAAAUCUCUGGAAAUAAAUAUGAUAUUCAGAGAGAAGGUGUUUUUCGGCUGUCCAAAGAUGGUGUAACUCUUCUUGAUAUGAAACAAAAGAUAAUUCAUCAUUUCAAAUGGUCUGAUGUCUCCAGUAUUCGUGUAGUAAGUCCCUGGGAAAUCCUUGUGGUCAGAUUUCUCAUUGGCCAACCAGAUUUAAGCUAUGGAGUAAUAAGUAUGCAUAUGCCUAAAAUGCUGAUUAAAUUGGAAAAGUUAUCUGGCAACAAAAUGGAUUACAUGAACCCACCCAAUUCUCAGUAUUGUGAGAAUUCGGAACCUGUUUGGACAAAGCCUUGUAACAUGGCCAGCUCCAGUAAAAAGGCUCUACUUGUACCAGAAAGCAAACUGGCUUCUAACUCUUUUAUUAGUGAUGAGCUUGGAGUACACAGUGGACAGGUAGAGCAGAAAGAGUUAAUAUCUGACAUGGAGGUAGCUGAGAUCGGUGAUGUUUUAAAGAGCUUGAAAUCUAUGGCGCUGCAAGUACAGAAAGAACAGUGUGAACAAAUAGAAACAAUCGACAGACUUACAGAGUCUGUUGUAAAGGCUGAUGAUCGAGUCAAGGGCAUCAACAAAACAAUAAAUAAAUUGUUGAAAUAAUUUAGAAAUACUUAUGUACGCUUUGGUUGCAUUAAUAAAACAUUGGAAUGGUUUAUUUUAAGACCAAUGUUCA